CAACCAUCAAUCAUAUGACUUAAAAAAUGGCUGCCUUCAGCUAUCUUCACCACAUACUCAUCUUCAUAAUCAUCUCCUUGAUGACCACCAGGUUCACCACCACAGCGGCGGUGAUUGGGCCUCCGCCAGUGAAGGCGGCUUAUUGGCCUACAUGGUCAAUAAGUUACUUCCCUCCCUCAUCUAUAGACUCCACCUUAUUCACUCACAUAUACUAUGCUUUUGUAUCUCCUAAUAAUGUCACGUUCAAGUUUGAAGAUUCAAACUCCACGGCGUCUCUCCUCCGUGAAUUCACCACCACCCUCCGCGGAAAAAACCCACGGGUGAAGACAUUGAUCUCGAUCGGUGGCGGCGGUGAUGAUCCAAAUCUCUUUGCUCGGAUGGCUUCAAACGCUAGAACGAGAGAAGUGUUCAUAAAAUCAGCUAUUGAGUUGGCAAGGGAGUUCGAGUUUGAUGGGCUGGACCUUGAUUGGGAAUUCCCUCAAGACCCAAAACAAAUGAUGGAUUUGGGCAUCUUGUUUAAAGAAUGGCGGUCUGCCAUUCAAAUAGAGGCCCAAAUGAAUGACCGGCCUCCGCUACUGCUCACAGCGGCAGUCUACUUCUCAGUCGACUUCUUCCUCUCCAACAUCUACCGGAAAUAUCCAGUGGACUCGAUUAGUAGGUAUUUGGACUGGGCCAACCCAAUGUGUUAUGAUUAUCAUGGGUCGUGGAACACGUCGCAAACGGGGGCCCAUGCUGCACUGUAUGAUCCAAAGAGUAAUAUUAGCACGAGCUAUGGGCUUCAGUCAUGGAUCGAAGCCGGUGUUCCGGCAAGCAAGUUGGUUAUGGGCCUACCUUUAUAUGGAAGGACUUGGAAACUUAAAGACCCAAAUAUAAAUGGGAUUGGGGCCCCAGCAGCUGGAGUGGGCCCAGGAAAUCGUGGUGUGUUAACGUUCUUACAGUUGGAUCAUUACAAUGGGAACAACAGUGCCACCGUGGUAUAUGACGUGGAGAGUGUGUCCACGUAUUCAUAUGUUGGGACAUCAUGGAUUGGGUACGAUGAUGUCACGUCGACAACGACAAAGAUAGGGUUCGCUAAGGCCCAUGGGCUUCUUGGGUAUUUCUUUUGGGCCGUAUCCUUUGAUAAUGAAGGGAAAAUCUCUAAACAAGCUUCAAGGGCGUGGACCGAUCUAUGAAGUUGAGAAUUGAGAAAAACAUUAUAUAUAUAUAUAUAUAUUCUGUUCAAUAAGAUCAAUUCAUUAGAUCUGGGCAUGUGUUCGCCCAAUUAGAAGAUAGGUUAAGCUUGCUGUAAUUGUUGGACAUAAAAAAUGUUUCACAUCGUUUCGAGACUACUAAUUAAGUGACGUGGUUUAUAAGGAUGAAUUCAUGAUUUUCAAUCA